UCUCCUCGACGACUACCUGCAAAACCAUACGGCGGACAAAUCCCCAAAGAAAAAAGAAAAGAGAAGGAUAUAUUGUUGAAAGAAAAGAUGGAGAUGAGUUUAACCCACAUAGCCAAACCACCGCCAUGUCUUGUUAACAAAAGUUUUGUGCUUCCAAAUAAAAGAAGAGGGAAAACCAUUUGUGUUAAGGCUUCAAGGAGUUCAUUUCCAAAAGCAACCGUAUCCAGCGACUGGGAUGUCUCUGGUGUGUCCCCUCUUACUUCAGCUCCAGCUUGGCUUCCUAGAUUUGAAGAGCUUGACACCACCAACAUGCUUCUUCGUCAAAGGAUUAUCUUUUUGGGUUCUCAGGUGGAUGAUAUUACAGCAGAUUUGAUUAUAAGUCAGCUGUUACUUCUAGAUGCCGAAGACUCCGAGAAAGACAUAAAAUUGUUCAUCAAUUCACCCGGUGGCUCUGUCACUGCUGGAAUGGGAAUAUAUGAUGCCAUGAAGAUGUGUAAAGCAGAUGUUUCAACUAUUUGCCUGGGACUUGCUGCAUCAAUGGGUGCAUUUCUCCUUGCUACUGGUACGAAAGGGAAGAGGUUCUGCAUGCCCAAUUCAAGAGUGAUGAUUCAUCAACCCCUUGGAACUGCUGGAGGCAAGGCAACUGAGAUGAGCAUACGAAUAAGGGAAAUGGUGUACCAUAAGAUUAAACUGAAUAAGAUCUUAUCAAGAGUUACAGGAAAGCCUGAAGAGCAGGUUGAAAUAGAUACAGACCGGGACAAUUUCAUGAAUCCUUGGGAAGCCAAGGAAUAUGGUUUAGUGGACGGAGUAAUAGACGAUGGCAAGCCAGGGUUAGUAGCUCCGAUUGCAGAUGCAACACCACCACCGAAAACCCGUGUGUGGGAUUUGUGGAAAGUGGAAGGGAGCAGGAAAGCCAAGAAGAAUUUGCCUACAGAACACAAAAUGCUGCAGAAUGGAUAUAAAGGAGGUGAAGCAAGUGAUGAGGGAAGAGACACAGAGCAGGAAAAGAGAGAAGCUGCUCCUUUGUGAUGAUUUGUGAUGUAAGAUUACAUCAUUUUUUCCUUGGAAAAUCACAAAAAGGAACACAUGCUACUUACGUUUGUAUCGGACCUCGUUGUGCCCCUAAAUCUGCUUGUUUUUAUUUGCAUAUUAGAAAUCUGGAGUUCAUGAUGCGCCGAAUAAACAAGAAAGAAGAUGGCGCGUUAAAUCUGAGUCUUGAAAUAUUCUGACACA